UGAUCGGCGAUAACCCUCGAUAACGGUGUCCAAAAGCUCUUGACGAGUGCACCUGCUAAUAAUACCAGCUCUCAUAGAUACCCCCAGCUCAAACACAAUGGCAGACAAACUUCUUCAAACUCCAGCCAUGCAUGCACGCGCAGUUCCUUUUUCUCGACCCCCAACCCCUGGGGUGCACCCUCUUCAGAUCGGCUUCUGUGGCCUUGGGGCCAUGGGCUAUCUCAUGGCCCGCAAUCUAGCCAACUCCCGCAAAUCUCACUCGUCGCCUCUCCUCGUGUACAACAGGACUGUGGCAAAGUCUCAGAAGCUCCUCGCAGAAGUCGGCGCAUCCGCCGUCAAAGUCGCCGACACUCUCGACCAGCUAGCUACGGAGUGUGAUGUUAUCUUCACUAAUCUCGCGAAUGAUGCUGUUGUAAUGAGCGUCUAUGACGAGUUCGCAAAGGCUCUCGCCCAAACACCUCCAACCAAAGUCAAAAUCUUUGUUGAUACGAGCACAGUUUACCCUACGCUUGCUGGCGAUCUUGACAGACUGUUGUCAAGCUUUCCACAUGCCCACUUUGUUACUUCACCUAUCUUUGGACCUCCCCCGGCAGCAGAUAGUGCCAAUCUUGUUAUUGCGAUGAGUGGAGAUUACCGCUCCAAGAAGGAGGUCGCCUUUCUCCUCGUUCCGGCAGUUGGCCGCAAGGUGAUUGACCUCGGAGGCAAUGUAGAAAAAGCUCCGACGUUGAAGUUGAUCGGUAAUGGCAUGAUAAUGGGUGCCAAUGAGCUCCUUGCCGAAACUCUGACAUUUGGAGAAAAGUCUGGCAUUGGACAGCAGAUUGUAUAUGACCUGAUCAAAGAAAUCAUGCCAGCACCGGGUUUGGUAGCCUAUGGCAACAAGAUGGUCAACGACUUGUUUGAUGGCUCUGUAGGCUUUGCCAUAGAUGGUGGAAUCAAAGACUCCAAUCACAUACGUCGCCUGUCUGCAGAGAUGAACUGCCCGAUGCCUGCAAUUGAUAACGCGCAUCGCAGCAUGAUCAGCGCGCGGGCGAUGCACCAGGCACAAAUGGUCUCAGCGACACAACAGUGGGACAUCCUAGACUGGAGCGCGAUGAUCGCGAGCAGCCGAGUUGCCGCUGGAUUGAAUGCAUUCGAUAGCAGGAAGGGAACAGGAGUUGUGCGAGAAGACUGAGGAAUGAUUAAUGAGCGCUGAGGACCAAAUUGAUUUAUGCAUUUCAAGUUGCGCGUAUCAUUGUACCAAUAGAUUAGAUUUGAAUGUACCUCGAUCAAUAGAGACUUGUAACCACUCCGGAGAAAUAAAGUAUCACUUUUCAUUUGGAGUGGAAACAGUUCUUGUUUUGGACUACUCUAGGGUUAGGGUUAGGACAUAAAAAGGUCGAAAAAAAAGAUGGCCUGCCCAGCCAGAGUGGCCGUGGCAGGACUGGAAAAUAUUGAGACGGUGCAUGAGCCGGAGCCCAUACAAACCGUAGUUACCCUCUGUAUGGACAGGGUCGCCGUGCUAUGAAGGGUCCCCACGGCCCACAAACCCAGGUACGUGAAGGAGCCUAUGCCAUCA